UGUCCGCGAGCGGGCGGGUGAGCGAGUGCGUGGCUGUGCGCGUGGUUCGGCGCGGGACUGCUCCUGCAGACAGAGGGCUUGUUUAUCAGCUUUGGGGUUACAGAGGAAAACACAGCGGUUAAUAAAAAAACACAAACAGGGAGCAGGAGGAGCGGGAGCCGGUUUAGGUGGAUUUAUUUAAGCGCUGUGUGGAAUUUACCGCUGCUGGACCAACAGACACCACGGGGACCGCGGAUAAACAGCUGGCGGCUGGUUGUUAGGUUAUCGCUAGCUAUCCUAACCUAGCAACCACGCAGCUAACCUAAACUAGCCAGGGGUUAGCUAACCUAGCGUUAGCGUGUUUGGGGUACCAACGAGUGUUACUGGUAUUUUAGGUUUAAAACGGGGAUUUAUUUAGCCUAGUUAGCUUAUCUUUCUCGUUGGACUGACUAUGAGACUGUGGGGUUUGGGGGUCCUCGGCUGCGUUUGUGAAGAGUCUGUGGACGGAGACUACCGGCUCCAGACGGCGGAGGAACAGCGCUGCUAGGCGGCAGACAGGCACAUCUAGACACCCCGCAGAAAGCACUCCGGCUGCUCCUGCAGUGAGUCAGUAUCAUGGAGGCAGGCAGCGGGGCUGCUGCAGUGGUGGGGAGUGCAGCGCUAGGACUGCUCGGAGCCACAGGAAGUCAUGACAUCUCUGACAGGGGACUGAGGCCUGGCCGCCACCCGGAAGAGGACGACCUUGUGCCUGAGCUUGCCAGGAGUAUCCACCCCCGGGAGAGACCUGACUGGGAGGAAACAAUCAGCGCUAUGGCACGAAGCGCAGAAGUCCCGGAGCUUAGUUCUGAGCCGCUGCUACGGUCCUGCAGCAGUACUGCCAGCAUGAAGGUCAAGCACAUUAAAAAACUCUCAUUCACCAAGGGCCACUUCCCAAAGCUGGCCGAAUGCGCCCAUUUCCACUACGAAAACGUUGACUUUGGGACCAUACAGCUGAGCCUCGCAGAAGAGCAGACUGAAGUGACCCGGAAUGGCCUGGAGUCCAAAGAGCUGGUGUACCUGGUCCAGAUCUUCUGUCAGGGGCGAAGCUGGAUCGUGAGACGGAGUUAUGAAGACUUCCGAGUGCUGGACAAGCACCUCCAUCUCUGCAUCUAUGACCGACGGUUCUCACAGCUCCCAGAGCUGCCUCGAUUCGACAGUCUGAGGGAGAGAGCAGAGGCAGUAUCCCAGAUGCUGAUGGCUUACCUCUCCCGUCUCUCAGCGAUUGCUGAUAAUAAGAUAAACUGCGGGCCAGCCCUCACGUGGAUGGAGGUUGACAACAAAGGGAAUCAUUUGUUGGUGCAUGAAGAGUCCUCAAUCAAUGUCCCCGCCAUCGCAGCUGCUCAUGUCAUUAAGCGCUAUAUCGCCCAGGCAGCUGAUGAGCUUUCUUUUGAGGUUGGAGACAUUGUUUCAGUGAUUGACAUGCCCCCGAAAGAAGAUACCACGUGGUGGCGAGGGAAACAUGGCUUUCAGGUUGGCUUCUUUCCCAGCGAGUGUGUGGAGCUGAUUAACGACAAGGUCCCUCAGUCUGUCACCAAUUCAGUGCCAAAACCAGCGUCCCCCUGCUCUGGUCUGCGGCCGGCCUCCUGGAGUCUGUUCCCACCCUAUUUGGAGAUGGAGAGUGUAAAGCAGGACAGUGCAUGGGUACCCGACCCAUUAAACCCCUACAGGCUGAGCUCAGUGUCCAAGAAGCACGGGAAGCUGAUCACAUUCCUGCGCACCUUCAUGAAGUCCCGGCCCACCAAGCAGAAGCUGAAGCAGCGAGGGAUCCUCAGGGAGAGGGUGUUCGGCUGUGACCUGGGAGAGCACCUCCUCAACUCAGGCCAUGAUGUUCCCCAGGUGCUCAAGAGUUGCACAGAGUUUAUUGAGAAGCAUGGAGUUGUGGAUGGAAUGUAUCGGCUUUCUGGGAUCGCCUCCAACAUCCAGAAACUGCGGCAUGAAUUUGAUUCAGAGCAGAUUCCAGACCUGACAAAAGAUGUUUACAUCCAGGACAUCCACUGUGUGGGCUCCCUCUGCAAGCUCUACUUCCGAGAGCUGCCCAACCCACUGCUCACCUACCAGCUCUAUGAGAAAUUCUCGGAGGCAGUGUCAGCAGCUACAGAUGAGGAGAGGCUGAUCAAAAUACAUGAUGUCAUCCAGCAGCUGCCUCCUCCGCAUUACAGAACUUUGGAGUUUCUGAUGAGGCAUUUGUCAAGGCUGGCAACCUUCAGCUAUGUCACUAACAUGCACAGCAAGAAUUUGGCCAUUGUUUGGGCUCCCAACCUACUGAGGUCUAAGCAGAUCGAGUCUGCAUGCUUCAGUGGAACGGCUGCCUUCAUGGAGGUGCGAAUUCAGUCAGUGGUGGUUGAGUUCAUUCUCAACCAUGUUGAUGUUCUCUUCAGCCCUAAACUAAGUUCACUCAUCAGAGAGGGAGCAGGUCACAACUCUUUAUCUCGUCCUAAAUCGCUGCUCGUGCCCUCUCCUUCCACAAAGCUGCUAACAUUAGAGGAAGCACAGGCACGCACUCAAGCCCAGAUCAACUCUCCUGUCACAGCAGAUAGUAAAUAUAUUGAAGUGGGAGAGGGACCUGCUGCCUUACAAGGCAAAUUCCACACGGUUAUUGAAUUCCCCACUGAGAGGAAAAGACAACCAAUAAAGUCAAAGAAGUCUCCAGUUGGCAGUUGGAGGUCCUUCUUCAAUCUCGGCAAGUCUUCCUCUAUGUCAAAACGAAAACUGCACCGCAACCCGAGUGAACCUAAUGAACUCAAAGCCAUGGCAUUAGCAGGAGGUAGAGGAGAUACAGGCACGCUUCGAUCUGCCAAAAGCGAGGAGUCCCUCAGCUCUCUACACAAUGUUGAAGGCGAGUCUAAAAUGUACCGGCCCCGCAGACCCCGCUCCAGCAGUGAUGCCUUGUCCACAUCCUUUAACGGUGACCUGCUGGACAGCAGACAGCAUUGCAAUUCCUACGAUAAUGUGGGCCACGGAGACAGCGACGGAGAUGACGGCCCGAUCUGUGUGCCAGCGCUUAUCUCUCCACCUCGCUCUGCUGAUGAUGUGGAUUUGAGUCCCCCUGACAUUGGCAUGGCCAGUCUGGACUUUGACCCGAUGUCUUUUCAGUGCAGCCUGCCCCUGGCAGAGAGCUCUGCCCUAUCGCCUGAGAGUGAUGCCACAAGCCUCAAGAGAUGUGCUGGCAGUGCCAGUGGCUCACCUCUCCGAGAGCCAGUCUCACCUAUCAGAGCAAAAGUAAUCAGCCCUUAUCAGUCCCCUGACCUCAGUCCAGCUAAACAACCAACUCUUACUGAAAAUAUUAUGUUCCCCUCUCAUGAGAGCAGUGAUAAGUUGUCCAUGUUGGCACCCUUGAGUAUUUCUGAACCUGCAGAUGCUUCAGUGCCUUGUAAAGGGCCAGAAAGCUCUGUGCACCAGCACUCUCCUCCUCCUUCAUCUCCUCAAGAUUCUCCAGCCAAUAUUAGCUCAUUGUCAUUAAAAUCCUCUGAUCUGCCUCUGAGUGAAGCCAUUCAGCUGGAACUGCUCUCCAAAUCUGCUUUGUGUGAAAGCAAAGAGAGCAAAGAGGCAUCAGAAAAGGAAGCCCUGGAACCAGCACUUCUUGUCAACACUAAAGACCAACCAGGAGCUGUAGCUCUGGAUUCACCAAAGGGCAAUGCUCCAGUAAGCUCUGUGUCCUUACUCCCUCCUCCUCCCCAACCAAAGAAUGCUGCCCGCAUGCUGGCUUUAGCAUUAGCUGAAUCUGCUCAGCAGGCCACUAUUCUUUCGCAAAGGAGAUCUUCUGGACCUCCCACGCCAAUCUCACCUCUCAGGCCACAGGAGCUUCUAGAAACCCUUGACUGGCCACCCCCUCCCACGCUCCAGUCACAGCCAUCCCAGGAGGAAGCAGUGGAAGUGCCACAGGUCCCCGCUACCUCUUCACCUCCUCCUUGCACCCAGACAGAAACACUAACACACUCAACCAGCCUGCACCUCAGCAUAGCUGACAGUACCAAGUCACCAAACAGUCGCUGUAAUAAUAGCGUGGACGUUGUUACUGUAGUGGCGUCAAGCCAGAGUGCCCCUCCUUCCAGUGAACCUAUACAGAUUUCCCCCUCACAAAAAAGUCCAGAGAGGCACCAGCAUUCUGCAGGCCAGACACCAGUCAGCACCACAUCCUGCAGCAGCCUCAGUGGUGCCACCACACCUACCACCUGCAAACAUCUGGAGUCUGGAGUUGAGGUUCAUACCACUGAAAGUGUCCUACCACCCUCAACCACAAAAUCUCCUGAUCAGCCAGUAGCCAUUCUCCAGCCACAUCGUCAAAUGCCACUUCAGAGUCAACCACAGAUGCCGCUUCAGUCCCAAGCGCAACCGCAACCUCAAACUCAACCCCAGCCACAGCCUCACCCGGUGUCUCAGUGUCAGCCUCAAACCCAGUGCAGGUCCCAGCCCAAUGCACGGAUUGCUCCUACCCCAGCAGCACCCCAGGAGCAGCGUGGAGAAAGGCCUUGGGAGGCGAUAAAGCCUGUGAAUCCUCAAGUAGAAGCUGUACCACAUCACCACACCCAUGGGGUCUUGCCACCGAUCCCCCCUGUUCGCUCAAUCGAGAGCAAACUGGCAACUGCUGCCCUUUGUAAAACAGAGGCUGCCAGUACAGGCUCUUAUCACUCUAUAUUGGCAGAGGCCUCUCUGCCUGUACCGUUGGACGACACCCUGCCACAGCCUCAUCCAGCACAGCGCAAGUCUUCCGUACAUCAGUCAGCUUAUGUUUACCACUCUAAAGGUGAGACAUCCUUACCAGAACCUAUAGGGGAGGCCUACUAUCAUCAGAGAGCCACAACACCUGGACCAGCCUCCAUGGGGUGCCAUUACCGGCCUGAGAGCGUGCCUCCCCAUAUCUCUUACGUAUCUAAAUCAGAGCCCCAGAUUCCAUACAGAUCCCACGGUGAUGGCCGCUACAAUACAAUCGGACCAAGGUCCUUCCAUCACUCCUUUAAAUCCCGUGGACCAAUGAGGGGAGAAUAUAUUUCACCAGGAUCAGCCCACCGCCAUGGCUAUAGCUCUGCGGAUGGACCUGCUAUGUACCCGACUAUCCGUAGAGUACACUCUCUACACGUACCCCCCACCACUAUCCGCACAGUGCCAUUGAAUAGAACAGAGGUUCCACCGGAAGAUGAGCUCUACUACUAUCAGCGCCCGAUCUACCACUGCAAGUCUUACCAACAGCCGCAAUCGCAAGCUGAAUAUCACGUCACUCAGCUGCAGCCUUACUUUGAGAACGGAAGAGUCCAAUACAGGUACAGCCCCUAUUCUGGCUCGCAUACUCUUGAUGCUCCCUAUUAUGAUGUUGAUCCGUACGGUACCAUCCGCUUACGGCACGUCCAUUCUUUCAGCAGUCGUGACGCUGCCAUGCAUCUCAGCAGGUCCGGAGGCAAGUCAGGAGGCUAUCAGUACCUAUCACGACACGUCAUUCCUGUAAAGGACCACGGCUUUGUUAGUAGAGACUUGCCUGCUUACCACGGCUCAAAGGGAGCGGUCUACUUAGCUUGGGACCCAGAGGAUGCAGAGAGGUUUCGCAUGCAUUCUAUUCGCAGAGAAAGUCGAGCCAGGCAAAAGGUGAAAGGGCCCGUCAUGUCUCAGUAUGACAACGUGAGUCCCUACAUGCCGGGAGACAUUGCGGGAAUAGAAGUGCUUCACUUGCGCAGUAAAUCAGAUCCCGGUAAAGCUGUGUUGAUGGCUGCUGAAGGAAAGGAUGGGAGGUACAGUGUAACUCCUGGGUUGCAACAUGUCUCCAGACACCUGAUGUCAGACCCAGAUGUUCUGAUGUACAUGGAAACGGAGAAACACUGCCAGGGAAACGGUAUGGGAGACAAAGUUGGUGCACCAAAGCAAAGCAGCUCUAGAACCUAUCCAUCUAGCCAUUCACAUCAUUCACAACCUCCGCCACGGAGCACACAACACCUGUCAGAAGGUGUUCAUCACGAGUCCAUGUUUGAUGCAGGGGAUAAACAGUUGAGCAGUAAACACUGGCAGGAACAUCCAGAGAGCAGAAGUUUCCAGCCUCGAUACGAUCGCCCGGAUCCAGAUCGGCACAUAGGCAGGGUCAAAACCACUACUGGCAACAGUGAAGAUGACAAGCAGCAGCAGCAGACGGCCUCUGUGAAACCCAUCCCUCCUCCAAAGCCAGAGAGAUCCCAUAGUGUUAGAGAACGACAAACACAUUACAGCCAGUCUAACCCUCCAUCUCACCCUCCAUCUCAUGUACAGGAUUGCUUGGACCGAGACCAGCAUGCUGGAUCUUACACUCACCAGCCACAUGGACAAAGACAAACUCUGCAGUCUCACUACGAUAAUCUGGAUGAUUACCAUCCAGGCCCUCAUUCACAGACCUCCAUGGUAGUCAACCGUGGGUCAUCAAGCUCCUACCACACUCCUACUGGGUAUUCAGCCUCCCACAGUAACCGUGCGUACUCCACUGCCUUGGGACAGGGUGCUUUCAUCCAAGCUGAGCUUGCCAUGCAGAGGCCCGAAGCAGAGAUUAACGCAGAGUGAGCAGCAGAUGGUUAACAAACUGACGGAUUUACGGACUUGGGACUUGGGUUGAUAACAUGAAGAGUUUCGUUAUAACGAAUUAGAAAAAGUUCAGCAGCCUCUGCAGGACAGUGGACUGUCUUCUGACUGUAUCCAGUUAAUUUCAGUACAAUUCUUUUUUCUAUUGUGUUAUGUAACAAUAUGUAAAGGACUUUUUAUGGAAUUGAAUGUACCACGAUUCAGUAGUGUACAAAACCGCCACGUUGUGAUAUUAAAAGUGGCAGUCACAGACUGUAGAUACUGUAUGUAUGUGAUCGACAAAUGGUACAUGCACCUGAACCAGAAAAGUAAUGUAUAUCUGACAAAAAAAAACUACUGGUUAUAAAGGGAUUUUUUUAUGUUCUGUUUUUUUGUUAUAUUAGAAUUGCUUGGGGUUGGGCAUACUUUGGGGGGGGGGGAUAAAGGUUUGCAUUUUAGAAAUGCAUGUAAUCUAUCUCUUACAGAACAGUUCUGUGUACCUUGAUAUCCAUUGUGUACUUUUGAAUGUUACAGUAACAGUUACAGUGGGGGAGAACAUCUGUGUUAACAUCAUUAUCUCCUCACUACUUUCUGUGUACACAACUAGGUGGUACGUUAACCUGUACUUCUCUGCCUUUGGGUUGGGGGGCCCAAAACGUGCAAUUUCAUCUUCUGUUCUCCAACUGUGCCAUUACUAUUAUACAGUGUAUUUUUGCUAUCAAUGGAAAUCAGCUUACUAGAUUUUAACGAACUGUGUUUGGCUUGUCAGAAGGACCAAAUAUUGAGCGAGACUUGGAACGGAGGAAGCAUUCCUGCAGCUGUGUUGGUUAAUGACUGAGCUUCCGAGUGCCAGCAUGAAUCAGCAGAGAGAACUGUUGAGUCUUGUCUUUCCCCCCUUUUAAAAACAUGGUAAGGGAAAGCUGAUACUGACUGAGAACUAGUGAUAGAGUUUAACAGUUGAUAACUGUGUUAUAACGCUUUAGUCUGACAACUUUUAAACCAGCACCUUAAUGAUAAAUAAUUCUAUUUAAAGAUAUUUCUGGAGUUGAAUACAUUUCAUAUAGACACGUUUUACAGCAAAAAUUGGGGUUCUUAUUAUUUUGUUCUUUUCUAUAAUGAACCGCUUACAUGAACAGACUGCCUGCCUCUUGUUUUGGGACUGUAUGUAUAUAUAUAUAUAUAUAUAUAUAUAUAUAUAUAUAUAUAUAUAUGUAUAUUCAUCAAGCGUCUCAGAGUAAGAGCAUUGAUCUAAGAUUAGGCUUCUUCAAUCUAAGUAACACUGUUUAUUGUUCAGAAUAUUGUCAAUGGACAAUCUCUUUCCAUUUUAUCAGCUCUACUGUUUAUAUAGGAGCACUUUGUAGUUCUACAAUUACAGAUACGUUCAUUUGUAGUUUCUUUGCAUAGUUUAUUAUCCUUCCUUUACCCUGUUCUUCAGUGGUCAGGACCCCACAGGAAAGAUCAGCUAUUAUUUUGUUGAAGCUUUUUCUUUCUUUCUUUUAGAUCUUUCUUUAGUAAAAUGCAUGUGGUGGAUCAGACACAGCAGUGCUGCUGGAGUUUUUAAACACCAAGUCCACCAUUCUAUUAGACACUCCUACCUACAGCUGCUCCACCUUGUAGAUGUACAGAUCCUCUAGUGUUUUAUCAGUGGUCACAGGAGGCAGUUGGCUGGAUAUUUCUAGUUUGUGGACUAUUCUCAGCCCAGCAGUGAAACGGAGAUGUUUAAAAACUCCAGCAGCACUGCUUUGUCUGAUCUAUUUGUACCAGCACAACAUACACUAACACCUCACACAACACCAGAUACAGGACUUCAGUCUGUAAUUAUAAAGCUAUAAAGUGCCCCUAACUGAUCAGUGGAGCUGAUAAGAUGGACAGUGAAUAAAGAAUGCAGAAGGAGGUGGUCAAAAUAUUCUAAUAUCCCUGUAUAAAAUGCACAAGAUGAUCCAAGACCAGCAAUCUUACUCUGAGGAGUUUGUGAAAUAUGGACACAGUUGUCCUUUAUGCAUUUUCAUAGCAAAUGACCUUCAUAAGGAGUGGAAACACAUUGGCACAUUUCCCAAAGACUGCUAAUCAUAUAAAUGGUUCAUAAAUAGGGGGGCCCGGUUUUAUGUUGUUUGCCACAUCAGAUGCAUGAUUCUGUUUUGUUCUGUUGUUGUAUAAGUGAAUGUGCAUUCUGCAUAACAGUGCUCUGUUUAACUGUGUAAUUCACUGAAGUAGGGUAAGAACAAUUGGUAAAUUUGGUAAAACUAUGGUAAAAAUGGCCCAUUACAUGUUAGAGUUAUAUAAGUGGUAUUUCCCUGCCCCUUAUGUCUUGCCAAUAUUCUUAUUGAAUAGUUCUCGUUCUUAUUUUUAUGGACACUUCUGUGAUUGACAUUAACAUGCCUUGUUUGUUUUUUGGGGGGAUUUUCUAAGACUGUGAAAAAGAUGGUGGUCUAGUUUGAUGAAAACACAAAAAAGCUAAAUAAAAGCAUCUGUAUAGCUUUUUUAUGGGA